CUUAUCUGAGCUUUCGCCACGCCAUUCAUGAAGCAAACCGACAGAUAUCAAUGCCUUCGGACAACAUUCACGCCGUUGCUGCUACUCCUCGUGCUUCCGCACCACGCCCCUCUCCUAAGAAGGGACGUACACUUGCGGCACCGGAAUCUAGGUUGCAAAGCAUGCGCACACUCACACAGGUCCUAUUGCACGAGCAAAAAGGCAUCGUCGAGGUGUCCUGGCAAGACGGCACCCGCGGCCUCUUCCACGGCGCCUGGCUCCGCGACAAUUGCCCGGUCUACUUCGACAAUUCGACCGGACAACGCACCAAGAACACCUUGCAAUUAGGUCCCGAGGCCUACGUGCUCUCCGCGUGUGCCGCCGGCCCCGCCAAAGGUCAACCCUCGUCUGGCGCCUCCGCCGAAUUCCUCCAAGUCACCUGGAAGGACGGAUUCUCGCACGCCUUCCCCUCAGCCUGGCUCCGGCAGCAUUGCUAUGAGACACGGCAGCACCAUCAGGUGAACCCGCGCAUGUGGGGCCGCGACUUGGUCUCCUACUUCCCGGGGUACGUCCUUCCCACCCUCCCUUACUCGGACGUGGUCAAGGUCGCGGCUGGCAGUGACGCGGGCUGGCAGACCUCCGCACAGGGCUUUGUCCAAUGGAUGGUGCACCUGCGCGACUACGGCGUGGCCCUGAUCGAGGACGUGCCCACGACCCCCGGGACUGUCAUGAAAAUGGCCGACCUGAUCGCCUACCACCGGAAGACGCACUACGGCAACUCCUUCCAAGUGGUGUCGGCCCGCAAACCCGAACAUCUCGCCUACACCCCCGUGGAACUGGAGGUACACACGGAUCUGAACUACCGGGAGAGCAGCCCGGGCAUUCAGCUCUUGCACUGUCUGGCCGCCGACGCGGCGGGGGGCGAGAGCACCUUCGUGGACGGCUUCUGGGUGGCGGAGACGCUGCGUCGGGAGAGUGCCGAGGACUACCGGACCUUGUGCGAGGUGCCCAUUCCCUUCCUGGUCAAGGACGGGGAGGGCUUCCACUACCACAAGAUCCCUACCAUCUGCCUGGACGACGCGGGUCGCCUGGUCGAGAUCCAUUUCAACGAGCGCACCCGCGGGCCCUUGGAGUUGCCGGCGGCCGUCAUGGGCCGCGUCUACCGAGCCCUGGCGCAUUUCCAGGCGAUCGCCUGCCGACCUGAGCUGUGCGUGGAGGUGAAAAUGAAGGCGGGGGACAUGGUCGCGUUCAACAACCGGCGCAUCUUGCACGGGCGGAAGGCCUUCGACCCUCGGACGGGCAUGCGGCACCUGGAGGGGACCUACGUGGACAUGGACGAGUUCCUGACCUGCCUGCGCAAGCAUGGCGUUACCCCCCUGAGCAUUGUGCGGGCACAGGAAGGGAGCUGGGCCCGGGUGGUGGAAGGGACGGACGGCUUGGAGGAGAAGGGGAGGCGGCGGGAGACCCUUGGCCUGGUGGGGAUGGGCGGGAAGGUGAAAGGGUCUGCGCCGCGGUCGUCUCUCUGAGGUGUCCACGGGAGCGAAAUUUAGACAUGAGAAAGGAAGUGCGUUAGGAAGAGAAUGAUUUGUGGGCAAAUUUAUUGAAAUGUGAGUCUGAUGAUUAGUCACUAUUUCGAAGUACUGAAUACACGUACGUAGUAAUGACACAGACGUUUUGGCGAAGGCUUAUAAGAAUUUUGCUGCUGUGGACAUCAUUGUCUGUAGUGCCCGGCGCUUCUCAUCAAGCAAUGAGGACCAUGCAGCCAAAAUAAAUAAAUAAGAAACGGGUUCGGUGUUCAGUAAAGUGUGAGCUAGCGAGGAAGCAAGAUAGGCGCGAAGCCGGUCGGGUAGGUCGGAGGGGGUGCUGGGCUGAGUGACAAUUUUAGAAGGGAGAGCGGAGUGAUGCAGGUGCGUGGACGGCCGUCGGAAGGAGACUCAGACGUGCGUCGGGCCCAGCGCGAUAGGGGCGGCGCUAGCGACAUCGGGGAUCGGGAGACUGCGAUGCGACGCGGCAACGGGGAGAUGUAGGCGAAUGACACGAGAGGCUAGGUAAAUGAAGGAAAUGUGAGGAAGCUCUCUGGUUGCGUGAGAUGGGGACGGGUGGUCAGAGUGAAGGUGCGUCUCCUGCGUGCGAUCGAGGCGAAAUUUUACAACACAUGUCAAAGAGAAGAAAUUUGGCGGCGAAAUUUUACAACAGUCCUCAAAAAGAAAAAAAAGAAUAAGGGAACUA